AUGGAAUAUUUAUGUAUCCAGGCAUCUGAUUCUCCUGGACAGAAUCUCACUCAAUUCUUUUCUCAGUGCAAUGACUUUAUACAUAAUGCACGUUUAAAAGGAGGGAAAGUUCUCAUUCAUUGUCUUGCUGGAGUAUCUCGAAGUGUUACAAUUGUUGUUGCAUACAUUAUGUCAAUUACUAGUUUAAACAGUCGUGAUGCAUUGAAAGUUGUUCGAAAUGCAAGAGAAAUAGCUAAUCCUAAUGUAGGUUUUCAAAAGCAGCUAAAUCAAUUUGAAAGUUACAGGUUAACUGAGGAAAGACGAAGAAUGAAAGAUAAUUAUCCAGAUUUAAAUUUUGAUGAUGAUGAAAUUGAAUGCCAAAAAGUUUUAAUUAAUUAUCAUAAUUCACCACGUCCAAGAGAAGCUUGUAUAUGCCGUCGUAGUUUACAACCACCACCUUCUCCUCGACGUUCAGCAAGAUCUAGAUCUCCACAUUCUCCGUCCUCUCCUGUGCGUUCUAGAUCUCCACAACCAUCUACUUCUCCUACGUAUUCACAGCUGCCACAAGCGCCAGCAUCUCCUGUUCGUAAUAGAGCACUUGUGCACUCAUCAUCAUUAAUCUCUCAUUCUCCUCCAACCCCACCUUCUCCUGUGCGAUCUCGAUCUUUACAUACUUCAUCAUCUAAUUACUCUCGGCCUCCACGUACCUCUUCCUCACCAAUACGAUCUCGUUCCCCACAUUCACCAUCUUCUCCUGUGAAUAAUCCUUCACAGCAGUUACAUAAUCAAACACCUCAACCACCUCCUUCUCCUGCAAGGUCACGUUUCAAUAUAUUAUCUACAACUUCUAACAAUAACCAAACUCCACCACCUUCACCAAGGCGCUCUCGAUAUCCUUUUAUGGGUAUUUUCAGAUCAUCAUGACUAUUAGAAUAGCAUUGGCAUCGCUUAUUCUUUACAAUGAAAUCUGCUCAAUUAAAAGUAUUGCUUUUCAAAGUUCACUAAUGAUAUUUUGCAAGAUUACUAAAAAUAUAUAGUAAUCACAAGUCCAUAUUGAAAUCUAUAUGCUUACAAAAAUUUUCAGAAUUUAUGCUACAAUAAAAAUAAAACAAAUAGAAAUUUAUUACAUACAACAUAUAUUGGAAUAAAGUUUCAUUAUGUUGACUUAAUUCUAAUAUGAAUGUUCAUUAUAUAAUAGAUUAAAUCUGUAGUUUGUGACAACUUUUAGAGUCCACAUUAGAUUUGUGGAUACAUAACAUAGCCAAUGAAAUUGGCUAUGUUAGCAUGUGGAAAAAUAGUCUGGUUGCUAUCUUUUUUUUUUUUUUUUUUAUCGAGCCUGAGUUACUGAGGGUAAGACAAUUAUCCUCAAUUAGAAAAGAAAUCAAAACUAAAAUUCUAAAAAAUUGCUUAUUCUUGCCAAAGAUAAUUCUACAUUAUCUUCAAGUCAAUUGACUACUCCAAGCACAUUUAAUAUACAUUUCUCAAACUGUUCUUCCAUUGAUCUAAUGUGGAUUUUAGAAGCUGUUGUGAAGUAUAUAUAAAAUGAAACUCACAUUUUUCCAUUGCAUAAUAUUUUGUUUUAAAGAAUUUUUUACUUAUUUAUCAUUUUUAAAAUAAAAAUUUAUA